AUGCAGCUUAUCGACUACGACACAAGCUCCUUUAAUGGCAUGCCAAGUCUCAAUAUGGCUCUCAAUGCCUAUAACACCCACAAACUCGACUCCAUAAUCUCAACCUCCAUCCGAGACAUCUUCCUCAAGCACGGCGCCCACUCCCGCUUUGCACUCAACCUCAUCCACCGCCAUUUCACCCUCCACAGUCAAGAGCGCAAUGUGCAUGUCAACAACAUUGCUCUUCCCUGGGAUGCAGCCACAAUGCCGCAGGAUAUCUUAGAGCGCACAGUACCUAUACUAUGGCGCUUCAGCAAGAGUGGAACUGCAGGGCCAGGAUUGCUGAGCUGCGAAUUCGAGUAUGAACCUCGAGCUUCAAUAGCAACAUCAACAUCAGCGGUGGAUCUCUCACGCGACAAACCGUUCCUCACUGACCUCUACGUCUUCCUAGCAGAACAAAAGCUCACGCGGUACCUCGGAAUCUCGCGCCUCUCUGCCGAGGAUAAAUCUAACAUGAUGUCGCCUACGCUGCCUCCUAUAGAGAUAACGGAAGGAAGAGCAAACAUCACGUUCCCGGCACACUUGCAACCACAGGCUGGAAAAGCAGCGCAGGUGAGCUGGCGUUUUGAUGAGAAUCAAUUGGGGAAUACGAAGUGUGUUUCUAGCUGUCAACUUAAUCUUGAGGGGAGCCAUCUCAGGUGGCACGAUGAGGAAAGUGAUGAUGACGAUGACGACGACGACGACGAUGAUGGUGAUGAUGAUAAUGAUGAUGAUGAUGAUGAAUAA